AUGACUUCAAGCAACAAGUAAAAGAAACAAUCAGUGAUAAGAAAUGUCAAAAGAUAAUUUAAAACAAAAUGCAACAACAACAACAACAGCAGAAACCACGCUCAACUACGAGGCACCAAGAACACCACCAAUGGCACCAUCACCAGCUUUUGAAGUAACACCCUCAAUAUUAGCGAUAUCGGCCAUAAGAACCCCACAAAUGCUUCCACCAGCCUAUGCACCCUCUUACACCUACCGCCACCCCUUGAAUAUACAUAUUGUCGGUGGCAUACAAGCGCCAUCGGUAGGGCCAAGCGCUCAAGAGCUCACCUGUCCGCGUUGCCUGCAGCAUGUUCGGACGCUGGUCGUAUACGAACCAACACAUGGCCGACUUUGUAUGAGCAUUUGCGCGUUGCUAUGCAUGUGA